ACUUUAAGCGCAUAUUUUAAAGUUUUUUACACGAGGACAUCGGUAGUAUCAAUGGUGUCACACAAUGCAGCUCUCAAGGGUGAUAUUGUUUAUUAUCUACAUAGACCGACAAAAAGUGCAUACAUCGGCUCGAUUAUAGCGUCAGAUGUUCAUCCAGCACGAAAUAAUACUGAAGUUACUCAUGAUAAAUGUGAAAAUGAAAAUACGGUAAUUUGUGUGUUCUACGAUACGAUAGAGGCUUUUACAUCUCGGGGGUUUUUUGAUCUAGGAAGUCGUUUGCUUUUUAGUUUGGCAUUUGAACUAGGUCCGUGACCACUGGUCACUUGAAGUAAACUUCGAUCAUAUUGACUAUAGUCAAUAGGGGAAUCCCAAGUGAGAAUAUUAUUUAUGGAUGACCUUUGAGUGACACUAAAUUAGCCUUGAUGAUGUCCACCCACUGACUAGGGUUAAAUGAGGGUUUCAAAUCUGUUUGAAAGAUAAGGAUUGUUGUUUACAGUUGUUGGUAAGGGACAUAAGUUACAAUACCAAGACGCUAUUUGGCCAGAAGGAUAAGUAAUUUUGCGUUGAAAUCUAAGGCCUAGUAUCGUAAAUUCCAUUAAUUCGUCCAAAAAUUAUAGUCUCGCUGAAUCCCAAUCUCCAUAUUCUUAAAUAACAUUUUGUCCGUUUUGGGAAAAUGGCAGAAAAACCCCGAAAUUUUGGGGACUUCCCCAAAAUCGAGAGAUUGAGAUUCCAUGUAAUUUGGACGAUUUCAGGAAGAUAAAUGCUAAACUGGACACUUCUGGUCUCUAGGUGAGACCAUAAUUUAUGGACGACCUCUAAUUUAUAUGAAAGUGGACAUAAUGCGCUCAUUUCGGAUCUCUGAGAGAGGCACUAAAUAAAUAACUUGUUCUGGUCUCUUCAUCCCCGCCCACAUAAAGAUUCACACUCGGUUAUGCUACUUUCUAACUGAUGGAUAUAAAAAAUCAGUUGUGCAUAAAUAUUCGGAUACGCAUGCCAUUUUCAUUACAGAGAAGAGAGUAAGAACAAAAAACAAAGGUUUACUGAGCGCAAAUAGGAGCGUCAGAACAUUUCGUUUAAGACCUCAGGAAUCUGUAUCAGUCAAAUGUAGUUGUGAAGGUAUCAAAAACGUUUUGAAAGGUAGUAGUACCCAUAUUAAGUCAAUAGUUAGCCUUCCGUAACUUAUCCUUGUUAAAUUAUUUUAUCAUCUCAAUCCUAUAUGUUGUUAUAAUUAUGUACCAACUUAUAAUAAUGAUAAUGAUUUAGGUUAAAGUAGAUUGGAGGACUUUUGGAUUUAAAUCUAAUAGUAGCUCCAUACCACUCAAUUUAAAAUCAGAUGAAGUUCACUUUUUGGACAGAAGUUAUAUGCCUGGAGAGGUCGUUCAAAACUUAGAAACCAACAUGAUUGGAACAAUCUCAAAUGUCUGUAUGACAGCCCAUGCAGAAAUACUAGACCACCAAAAGGUCAUGUUCAAUAUUCAGUGUGAUCAUUUGAGAAGUGUAUAUCCAUGGACUACACAUGUCGACGAAAACUAUGUGAUUUGGGACAGUUGGCUCGGUCGGGUGUCAGAUUGUCGUCUUAUGGCAAUCAUCCGAUUUUUGGAUGGAGCACGACUUCUUGUUGGAGAUAAUUGCCUAGAAUGUUUUGAGUCAUUUUUAUCAGUGCCAGAUGAAUAUAUGAAUAACAAUUACGAAGGUAUUUGGUUGAUCGGUGAUGCGUUGGAUUUAAGAUCUAAUAUUAAUUCAUCGAAAUCAAGUAAAUUUGAUUUUCUCAGUUUACCUGUGGAUUCGACCUCUAAUAAAUGUCGUAAUACAGAUAAGUCAGCAAAUUCAGAACCAAUACCACCGUCUGAUGUAUAUAACAGUUCACAUUCAGCCAACAAAACAUUUCCACUUGGACAUCCUAUUAAAUUUCUACAGGCACUUGCACAAUAUCCUAUCACUAAAACUUUCUCUCAUCAUCCUGAACAAAUAACAUGUCUUUUGAAACGUACACCUAUUUUCUUAGUUGAAACACCCGCUCAUAAUGCUGUUUGGCUUUCUCGAUUAAAAUCUAGUGUAGAUGUUGUAUUUUGUGUGGAACAUUUUGCUCCUGUUGAAGCCACCAUUCAUUGGCUCGCUAGUCGAAAUUCACAAUCAGACAAACCGCCUCCGCGUGUGAUUCAUGGAUUGGAUUUGGGAAAUUUAAAAUCAGUUAUUUCAAACUCUUUUAUUAACUGCCAAGUAGGUGAUAUUUGGUACUACAAACUGCAGGAAUCGGAUAAAAUUUAUAAUAUGAGCAAUUUUACUCGACCUGAGCAGUUAUUAUAUAAAUGGUUCACGAACGAUAUUUCUGGUCUUGGAGCAGUGUUUUCACUUCCACCUCCAUAUUAUGUACUGAAUGAUGACAAACCGAUAACAGAUCAAGGCAAAUUCAAUGGAAAUUGUGUCAUUAGUAAAAAAUCAAUAGGAAAGUCAAUUGUUGAAUCCUCAUCAGUUACAGAUCUGAAAAGUUCAGGAUUUUUGGCAGGAGAAAAAAUGCCAAGCAGGACAACACCGUUUUGGGCACAGGUAAAUCUAUUUGCUUCGCAACGUCGUCGUAGGCGAGUAACUGUAGAUCCACGACAUCGUAUUCCUCUCACAGACAUUUUUCAUUGGGCUCACAGAUUUCAUAGAUCAACACGAUCUUUCACUUCAUACAUUGAUAUCAGCGCUGAUGUCUCUAAUCACGAUGGUGAUGUCAAUGUUGAUGAGAACGAUACACUAGAAGAAACAAAAGACCAAUCACAAAUACAAGAUCAAAACGAUCAACAACAUAAACAAAUCGAUCAUGUGAAAGAGAGUAAUCAACUGAUAAAGUUAACUUGUAGACGUAUUUCUUGUGAUAAUUCAAAUCUGGUUAAUAAAUCAGUUUUGAAUCCCAUGGAAAAUACCACGAAAAUUGAUUUGUCCUUGAAAUCUACAGUAGAAGCAGGCGUAGUCCCAGGAGAGGCAGUACCAUCACCACUACCACCGAUCGCAGUAACUCUCACUUCUUGUACCACUAGCACUACUACUACUACUACUACUGCGGUGAAAGAUGCCAAUGAUACUAAUACAAAUGGAAAUUCUAUGCUAUCGCCAGUGAAUAUUAUUUCGUCAGAUGCUGUAGUAAACAAAUCUACAACGAAUACCACUUUACCAUCAGAUCAAAUAAAUACUGUUGAUGGUGAUGAUCUUAAUCAUGAUAAUAACACUCAUGUUGAGGAAAAAAGAGAACGCUUCUGCAAAAAAACAAAGUUAUCAAAACAUUCAAGGCGUCUACGUGUUCUUCGUCGACAAGCGGAGUAUAUUCAAGAAAAACGCGCUAUUCAUUUAAGAGCUGGCGAUUGGGUACCUGUACGGAUUUAUGCAACCAACUCAGUGUAUGAUAUAAAAUGGAUUGAUGGAUCUGUAUCGAAAGGUGUUGCUUCUGAUAAGAUUAUAUCGUUUGGUGGACACAUAGAGCAUUAUUUAUUUCCUGGAUUUUUAGUUUCUUUAAAAAGUGAUAAAAAUUGUCGUUCACAGCCUAUUCCACCGAAUUCAAUUGUGAAUGACCCCUCCUCAGUAGUAGUUACAGAAACGAUUGACAAAAUAAAUACUGUUCCAUCCUCUACAAUCGAAUUGUCUUGUGAUCACCCUAGAGAUCUUGGAGUAGCCCUUGCUUAUAAUACGAAGGAUCGAACUUGUCUUGUUCAGUGGUUCAAAACUGGAAGCUCUGAAACUGGUUCCUUGCCAAUGAUUCCGCUUGGUUCUCCGGAAGAAAUUGGUGUCUAUGAAAUUUCUGGAUCUGGAGAAUAUCAAAUGAAUUAUGGUGACAUCGUUCUAAUCAAAUCUGCCAGUGAAACUGAUUAUUCAAUUUAUCCUGCUGGUGUUUUAGAAGAUAUUAUUCCGGAAUCAGGUAAACUAGUAAUUCGUUGGAUUGAUGGAACUUCAAGUGAAGUUUAUCGUACCGAUUGUUUACAAGCAAUUGAAGCUGAUGAUGAUUCUACAGAUGAUGAAGAUUCCUUCGACUCAGAAUUCAGCGAUUCAGAUGAUGAAAAGACCGAAAAGUGGGAAUUGUAUUCAACUUCUUCGGAAUCUUCGUCUUGUUCAAGCUUUUAUUCUACAUCUGGUUCCUACUCUUCGUCUUCUUCAUCUAACUCAUCUGAUAGUAAAAAUGAUAAUGACAGUUCGUGUUUACAAGUUACUCAACCAACAUAUGAAGAUGAUUUACGGCCUGUUGGAAUUAAACUCUCACUUGCCAGUCAACACGUUCAAUCUGCGCACAGACUAUUUUCUGAUCGAGUUACAUUUGUUUUGUGGCUAAUGCGGUGUUUUGUUACAAUUUCAGGCAUUGCAGAUGAUAUCCUUGAACAGGUUUACUCAGCACUUCGUAAUGCAGCUCUAAUCGAUCCUACGGAAAUAAAUACUGUUAGUUGUGCUUCAUUGAAUACAUCUCAUACUGAAGAUUCGACUAGUGAUAGAUCUAUAUUAACGAAUACAGAAAACGUAUGGAGUGAUGCUGAUGAAGUAGAAGCUAUAUCGUGUGUAGAAAUGCUCACUACUGGACGGUCAUUACUCUACGAAGCAUUUCGGUUGAUUAAGGAUUACAGAAUCAGGAAAAUGUGGCACUUGUGUGAUUUUCGUUCGAAUUUAUUCGAAAAACAUAUUGGAGCUAUUCUACGUUUAUUUGAAUCUUUUCCAUUAUCCACACAUGAGCAAGCGAAAUUGUCCGAUCCAGUCAAUUUCGUUUCAUUAAAUGAAGAUGUUUGUUGUUUGAGCAAGCCGUUGGACAUAGAAUACGCAACAAAAAGUAGCCCUGACGAGGAAACUUAUAUGUCUGGCCAACAAAAUCCUUCAAAUAAUUGCACAUCCAGUGCUGUUGAAGUACUAAAUAGAAAUGAAACAAUUCAUUUCUUGCUACGUUCCAACCGAAGAGGAUUGAAAAUUGAAGGCCUACGGAGUAAUUAUACCAUAGCGAUAAGUACUGAGGUAAUUAUAAAAUUGGCCAAAUUUCUACAUAACCUGCAAAAGGAUAUUCUAGAACAAUUGACUGAUUUAAAUAGUGAAAUUAUGGCAUGGCUUCAUGAAUGCGCUGCACAAUGUAUACAAAAAUCAGAUUUGAAUGAUCUAGUGAUAACAAGUAAUACUGAUAUUACUGAUGAUCAUCGACCUACAAUAGAUAAAUCUGACUCUGAUAAAUGUACCAUUGAACCUGAGUUAAUUAACAAUGACCAUGCCAAUAACUUGGGAGAAAAUAUGAAGUUAACAUGCAAAUUUAAGGCAAUCUGUUCUUCAGAUAUUAAAACUUUACCUAGUGAAGCAGUUGCAGAAGACUCCACAUCCGCAAAUGUAGAAAAAUUUAUGUUGGACAGUUUGUCUUCAAAUAUUGGAAAUAUAUCAAUUGAACCGUUAUCUGUUAAUUUUUCAACAAAACGUAUUCUUUCUGACUCAAGUGUAGAGUCACUUCCAGUCGAACUAAGAGGCCAAUUCAUUAUGGAACCCACUGCCCCUUCUAAUCAUCGAUUUUAUAAAUCAAGCCAGAAAACGCUACCGAAAGCAUUUCAUAAGGCUUUACGACGUGAUAUCUCUCUUCUAUCCACUAUUCUUCCAAAUGAUAUUGUUGUUAAAGGAUUCGAAGACCGGAUAGAUCUUUAUUCAAUAAUGAUUAUUGGUGCAUCUGGUACACCGUAUGAAUAUUGUUUAUUUUUUUUCGAUGUUGGUUUGCCAUCAAGUUAUCCUACAACCCCACCACAGGUAGAUCAUUGUUCUAUUCCAUGAAUAAUACUUUUACCAUGUUGGCGACUAGAAUUUAUUUGCUUGAUAUGUCGGUGUUAAACUAUAGAUUUGUUCUCCUUUUUCGAUCUAGCUCAUCAAGUACAGGUUUAUGUGUUGUGCUUUAAAUCACACUGUUUAUAGGAGACCUAGUGAUAUCAUUCAGUAACCAAAACCAAAAUAUAAUUAGUAUAUCACAAACUGACCUAUCUUGGCCAUCCAUGGAUAUUUGACGGGUCGAUUGAUGAUAUCAAUGUCAUUUGAAAAUCUUCAUCAUUCUGAGUACUUAGAAUGGAAUUAGUUGUAACAGUUUUUGGAUAUGCAACCUACUGAUUUAGGUAGCUUGCCACUGUCCUGUGGCGGGCCAUACUUUUUCUCUAAAUGUUACUAAUGUGUUAUUCAGCUGCUGAAAUUAAAACAGGUAAAGUGGCGGGUGUCGAACCUAGCAACCUAUUAGUGGACAAAAUACAAAUGCUUCAUAAAGUAAACUAUUGUAUUUAUUUAUUUUGGGAAGCCCUCAAAUUAUUUGCUUUUUUAUCCCUCUUUAUAAAUUGUAGUUCUAACGAACAGUAAAAUCUACGAUAACUUUUUAUUUCUCAUUACUCUACUGAUUUUUACAAUUAUCUGAUUGGUUACUUAUGAUUUGUUAGUUAUUUUUGUGACUUGUCUUAAAGUCAUAUUUGUUAUCACAUAAAAAACUGUUGUUUUACACUUUUGAUUCCUUGAGAUAUUAAACUCUUCAGAUCCUGUACGCAUGUUCAUUUACAUCGUAUAUUAUGGAUUAUCUUUUGAUAUUGGCAGGUAAAACCAAAAAUGGGAAUCAGAAUUUGUGAAUUACUGAAAUGUAUGUUUAUUAAAUUUUUAAAAAUUAAUACCAUAAAUUGAUCAAUAUCAGACCACCAUUGCAAAUUUGGAAGCACUGGAUGGCCGUUUCAUUCUAGUAUAAGGCCCUUCAACAGUUCAGACCCACGACUUCGCACUCGAGGACCAAACCCAAAAUCCUCCGUCUAGCACAUCAAUUUUCAACAUCUAGACCACCGAGUUGGCAUCCAGCGGCGUUUCGCGAUAUUCGAGUAUAUGUUGAUGUUCAACUUUCGACCACUAAGUUACAUGUACUAUUUCCGCUUCGUUUACUUCGGUUUGAGCAGUUGGGUAGUAUCACUAUCCCUCACUUAUAAAGUCUCUCAAAAGUGGUACACGAAUCUGUACUUGAUAAUUUAUUUACCACGUAGUUGAUUCAUUCAACCUCAAACCAUCUGCUACAUCUUCGAAUCCUCAUGCUUCCACUUAGUUUGAACAGCAGUGUAAAAUUUUUGCUCCUCUUCAUAAAUAGUUCUUUCAACGAAUUAAAUGGACGUACAUAUUCGUAGACUAAAUAAAUACAUUGGUAUUGAAAUUCUGUACCUUUCCUAACAUGGUAUUCAGUUUUACCAAUCAUAAAAAUCUUACUAUUGUAAUAACUGACAAUAUCUUUUUAAAUAAAUCGAACUUAAGUCCCUUGGAAUAUGCAAUUAAAAGCUUUUAAAUGGAGUGACACUUGUCUUUCUUUAGUUGCUAUUGAACAAUUUGUAUAUGUAUAUAGUUCAAGUAAAGUUGUUUUACCAUACACACUUUCAGUGAAAUAGCGAUCAAUGUAGAAGAGCAUAAGGUUAGUGUGAAAAUCGACAUAUACUGAUUAUUUUUAGUGAUUAUCGUCUUCAUUUUGAACUCAUUGUUUUAGAUAGAUAGACACAAAAAAAGAACAAGAUCCUCACAUAUGAUCUAAUUUUAGACCACUCAGUAUUAAUGUUUCUUAUUCUUAUAUUUUGAGAUAGUUUACAGGAAUAAUAAAUUGCGAUUGAUUGGGAAAGAUUCUCUUUAUACGAUAUCUGAUUUACGCGAACUAGACGACAAAUUCACUAAAACACUUCAAAAACAAUUGCACCUGUGAUGCACUUGGGAAAAACCUUAAUAUUUCAGAAGUCAUGUUUACAAGGGGCAGCUCUCUAUUUUUUUUUAGCAACAAAUGAAUGAUCUUUGAGACGCAAUAAAAUAUACAAGCAAAGGGUGAAAUUAACCUGUCAGAUAACCUCGAAGUUCAGUAUUGAAUUGAUAUUAGGGAAAAAGCUACUGUGGAUUUCUUAACAUUAGCAUUCGACAGCGAAAAGUAGAUACUUUUAUGUAUUUCUAGUACAUUUCUUAGGAUAUAAUAUUUUAUGUGAAAAUUUUUACGAAAUAAGGUGAUAAAAUAUAGAGAGAUAUUCAUAGCAAGAUUCAUGAUUCACUUUACCACCAUCGAAAAUCAUGAUCAGUUAAUAUUUAUAGGACAUUAACUUAAGAAUAUACGUAAUUUACUCUGUGGUUACAGAGUGAAUUCAAAAGACUGGAUUACCCAAUUAAGAUUCACUAGUUUAAAUUUAAUGUGUUCACCACGAGAGCUAAAUCUUCUGCGUCCAGUCCUCAUUGUGGUCGUGAAUACACAUUCUUGAAACUUCCUAAACAAUACUUAAGAAGCUGUUUUGUCACUCCUGUUUCUCAUUAGUUAUUCCACCUUAACACUACAAUUACCUUACUUUUUAUUUAGUACUCCAAGAUUUUUCUCAAUAAAUUUUUAAUUAAAGGUACAUUAUUACAGUUUUGGCAAUGAAAAAGUGAAUCCGAAUUUGUAUGUUGAUGGACAUAUUUGUCUCUCUUUAUUGGGUACAUGGAAUGGCCAGGGCAGUGAGAAUUGGAGUGCUGAAACGUCCAACUUAUUACAACUAGUUAUAUCAAUUCAGGGUUUGAUUCUUAAUUCAGAACCGUAUUUUAAUGAAGCUGGUUAUGAAGAGCGACGUACGGAUCCAAUCUAUCAAGAACAAAGUCGUAUUUAUAAUGAGGCUGUGAUAGCAUUAAAUCUGCAAUCAAUGAUAAGUAUUGUACAAAAUCCUUUCCCUAUUUUCCGUAAAGAAAUUAUCAAACAUUGUGUUGAUAAAUGUAAAAAAUAUCUAUCGUUAUUAGAAAAUUGGGCCUCACUGGAUUCUAUAGAAUAUGAACGUAUCAAAGCAAUCGACCAGUUGUCAAGUUCAUCUUCAACUGAAGAAAAGAUGUUUCUUUUACCGGAAUUUUCAUUACCACCAGUGUCAAAAGGUUUCCAGUUAUCGAUUAGACGACAUUCAAUUGUAUUAUCAAAUUUAAUAAAAUCCUACAUAGAUUUGAAUUAUACUACAAAUACAGACUAGUGAAUUUUGAACUAAUUACAUUCUAUGCCUUGCUUACGUUUUUUUGUAGCCAUGUAAUAUUUAUACUUUCGACUACUUUGUCCUCUCAGAUUUACUUUAUUUACAUAAUUUGUUUCUGUGUCACUGUGUGUGUGCAAGCACUUAGUCAUUUACACGAGAUUUCGUUUUAAAAAUUCUAACUUUCUUGGCGCUUCCUUGUUCACAAAAAAACAGUUGUACUGUUGCAUAUAUUAUGUAAUAUAUAUAUAUACUUGUUGGACGCUUUUUGUAAGAGAAAUAUGAAAUCCACGGGCGUUUUCCUAACAAAUAUGUAUUCCUUCUGGUACGUCUUUCACGUUCAUUUUCAUUUCUAAGUGUGUAAUUGGUAUGAUUGUUAUUUUUACUCCUUGCUUUUAGUUCUCACUUACUAAACUCUUUUAUUUUGGUUAGUGUUCCAUCGCUUUUCUACUCUUUUCUGUUUUGUUACUCUACUCUUAUUUACUACUAUGCAUUGUUUAUUUUAAAAAUAUUCUAUUCCAAAAUACUACUUAUUACAGUAACAACAAAUUAAUGUUUCUUUCUAUCCAUUCGAUGUCGUUUUGCAUCUGUGUUUAUCAGUAAAUUUUAUGUGUAGCGAUUUAUUGUAUUCUGCCUUUAUAUAUACAUAUAUAAGAAAACCGUGUUUAUAGUAACAACCCUUUUCGAUUUGUGCGUAUUGACUCGCACACUUUCCAUAUAUAUAAUUGCCUGAUAAUUUUCCAUUAAAACAUUUCAACC